UGUAUACUGCUGCCAGAGCCUGCGUUGGCAUUCAGCUGAUCUUCCACUCAGCUGCUUGAGAUCUACUUUUGUGCAGAUAAUAAUUAGCCUUAUAAUCUGGAUACACCAUGGAGGGAAUACACCUCUGCCUUUUCAUGAUGCUGUGUUUGGGAGUCCACAAGUCAUCUUCAGAAAUUCUUCAGAGACAAAAAAGAGACUGGAUCAUUAAUUCCUUUAAAAUUCAAGAAAAUAGUGAAGGACCUUUCCCUUUAAGACUGGGCACAAUUAAAAUAGCUAAGAACUUCACCCUUUUCCAAAUCGAAGGCCAGGGUGUUAAAGAAGAACCCGCAGGCACCUUAGAAAUCAACGAAGAAACAGGAGAGGUUACAGUCCUUAAGCCUGUGGACUACGAGGCUUUCCAGCUAUUGAAGCUAACAUUCAAGGCAGUAGAGAAGGAUACCAGGAAAGUGGACACACAGCUCGGUGUUGAGAUAAUAAUUGUGGACGUGAAUGACAACUCACCAAACUUUGUCCAAAAGGUGUACAAUGUUAUCAUACCGGAGUCAACAUUACAAGGCACUGACCUGAUCACCAUUAAGGCGAUUGAUAUAGACAGUGGAACGGAUGGAGAAUUUGAUUACAGAAUAGCCAAAGUCACUCCUGAACAUGAGAAUGUGAAGUUCUUCUUAAAACCAUCAAGUCUUACUAAAACUGCAACCAUUUUCUUCAGAGGCUGUCUAGAACACAAGACUGCGAAGAAAUAUUCCAUUACUGUGGUGGCCACAGACCAUGGAAAAAAUUAUCAGCUCUCCAACUCCUCUACUGUCAUCGUCCAUAUAAAAGAUGGAAAUAACCACUUUCCUAAAAUCACAGGAAAAACGGGUCUAGGGAGAGUGAAAGAAGGACAGGAGAAUGUUACUGUUUUCCGUCUGCACGUUAAAGAUGAAGACAGCAAAGGUACAGAUGCCUGGAAAGCCAAAUAUAAAAUCCAUGGAGACUCCAACAAUAACUUCAAAAUCAUUACUGAUUCUGAGUCGAAUGACGGACUACUAGUUGUGGAAAAGCCUCUGGACUAUGAAGACAGUUCUGAAAAUAAGCUGAAUAUCACCGUAGAGAAUGAGAUGCCCUUUUACUCCUGCAAAGUGAAGACUCGCAAAGCCGACGAUCUUUGGGUUGUAAUGACUGAUAACAAAGAAAAAAGCCAACCCCCCUAUCCAGUGACAGUGCAUGUGGAGGAUGUCAAUGAUGCCCCAGUCUUACACCCAAGAAACAAAAAGGUUUCGCUGAAAGAGAACGCUGAGAAGGGACGCCACCUGGUGACAUUUACAGCUAAAGACCAUGAGAAAGGAGCUGCAAACAAAAUAGUAUUCAAAAAAGAAGCCGAUCCAGCUGAUUGGGUUACAGUAGACCCCAAAAAUGGAAAAGUUACCUCAUCAAUGCCUUUCGACCGAGAGUCAUCAUUUGUGAAAAACAACACCUACAUUGUCAAUAUAAUUGCUGUUGACAAUGGUGUACCUGCAAUGACAGGCACUGCUACCCUCACCAUUUAUAUUGUUGAUGACAAUGACAACACUCCAUACCUACCUGAAAACACAAUCGACGUCUGCCAAUCUGAUAAACCAUCUAAGGCCAUCCUCAAGGCCAUUGACUUGGAUGAAGGAGUCUACAGUGGGCCUUUCAGCUACAGGCUGCUUGGAGAUGUUAAGGGGAAAUGGAGUAUUGAUCCUGCUCAAGGGUACUCUGUGAACCUGGUCAAAGAAAGCAAAGUUCACUCUGGACACUAUGAGUUGGCGCUGGAAGUGUCGGACUUGCAGCUCAAGUCUGCUGUCCACAACCUGUCAGUUACUGUGUGUGAAUGCACAAACCCAGAAAUACCAAACUGCCGUGUGCGCAAAUCUACUGGCGCCGCAGCUGGAGGCACAUUUAUUGGGGUCCUUUUUUUGGCAUUUCUACUGGUUGCAGGCAUUCUCCUUUUAGCUUUUUUGAUAUCAUGCAAGAAAAAGCAGGACAAGAUAGCAGAGGAUGAGGGUUCAGGACAGCAACUCAUGAUCUGCAACACUGAGACACCGGGAGAUGACUGCAAAGUGAAGUCAAAAUACAAAGUGAAGAGUCAAAAUGAGGAGAAAAUCAAAAGAAAAUCUCAAGUCCAAACAAGUAGUGCACCACAACCAAUGAUUAAGACAAGAACUUCUUCAGUGUCACAAGCCCAGCAGGCCAGAGCCCAAACUGGAACACUACAACAGCUACCAAACUAUUCCAUGGGGGUGUCAUCAUCAAUGAGAAGACAGCAGAAGAACCUCUCGAUGCACAGGAGUUCAGGGCGUCAAUUGAAAUAUUCUGCAGAACAAACCAGUGUUACAAUUCAAAAGGAAAUUCUGCCUAAAGUGAUAAAAAAGAAGUUGUACACUCUGCAAGCACCAGGAGAGGAGCUGGUUGAUUAUGUUCCUCAUGCGUAUGCUGAAGAGCAAAACACAGAGCCCAACGAUGUUCUCGAUGCCAUCUCAAUCCCUGAUAUACCCUUUGACCCUGACAUGGAGCUGGACUCAAGAUUUGUUCAUCUGGCCUCAAUCUGCAGUCCACAUAAAAACACUAGUCGCACAGAUUUCUAGAGCAACGGACAAACUUGAGACAGCAAUACUGAGAGCAACUUCUACAGUUGUUGGGGUAAGAGAAAUGUGUUAAGUGUGACAUUGUUGAUUCUGAGCUAGGCGAUUAAAUUCUCUAGAAAUCUUUUUAAAGCUCACAUAGAAAACUUGAUAUGAAUGUAUAGAGUAAAAGAAUAGCAACAACCCGACUGGAGAAAUCGCUGCCUAUCACAUUACUUUUAAGUUACAAUUGUUUGUUUUUAAACAUAGAAUACACAAAAAGUCUUUGUUAAAUACUAAUCUUGACUAAUCCAUUCAUCAACUUCAUUCUUUAAUAACGCUAUCAAAAGAUACGUUCUGCUACAUAUUCCACAUUUACUGCAUUGCAUCACAUGAACAGUGGCAAUGAAGCCUAUGGCCAACUGAUUAAAGUCCAUGCAUUUGCAGUAUUCUUUAGUAUAACACUGUGUAUCGAGACAAAAAAUGACGAGGGAUUAGAGCUGUUAAUCAGCUGUGUUUUACUCUUUAGUUACAAGGAAAAACUUUCUUUUCUUUUUAUAUACAAAUGUUGCUUUCACAGAGAAUAACAUAAGGUGUUUGAGAUAUUUAUUUUACUACGGGUCACAUUGAAUAUUCCUACGUAGGAACGGAUGGAUGUUUAUUCUUUUAUUUGCAGGGUAUUUUUAAGGUUUAUUUUUUGGGAACGUUUUUCAUGCAAUGUUUUAGCCUUUGCUGUAGUUACAAUAACAAACAAGCCUGUCAACUACAAACUGUGCAUUACAAGUUCUCAGGCUUUUGGAAACGCUGACAUGUAAUGCGAGCCAAAAUCCCCUCUGUGUUUGUACGUGACUGGCAGAAAGGCAGGUGUGUCUCUCGGUAAACAUCACACUUCUAAGGAAGAAAGAUAAUAACUAACGCUACCGAGCCAUAAUUCCACAGUCACUGCAAUCACCAUUUGACAACUUGUCAAGCCAGUUUUUUGUUGUUUUUUUUGUGUGGAGAUAAAAAUAAAAAAGGUGUGUGUA